GCUACAGAUGUUUUCUGGAAAAGAUGGCGAGGAAUUUUGCAUGUUUGGUUACGAAAAACUUCGCCUAUUGGAGAAAGCAAACAUUGCUACAGCAGCUUUUCCAACGAUUCUGCAGGAACAGUGCUUCAUGGAGGGGGAUGCCUAAGCUGGCAGCAGUUAAUGUUUUCUCCACACCCUUUCGAAAGUACCAAGCAGCAGUUUGCACAGAGUUGAAAAAGCCUUUGCUCAUUCAGGAUAUCCCGGCCUCUCCUCUGAAACCUAAUGAGGUUCGAGUGGAUAUCCAUUGCUGUGGAGUAAAUUUGGGUGACAUUCUUUCGUGUCAGGGUCAGUACCCAGAAUGGCCACCACUACCAUUUAUCCCAGGAAUGGAGUUUGCUGGGUAUGUGACAGAAACUGGUACAAGUGUUGUAUCAGUAAAGCAAGGUGACCGUGUGCUUGGAUUUAGCCCGCAAAAAGCAAUGGCAGAGGAGUGUGUUAUUGACCACAAGUUUCUCUGGCAGGUUCCACAAGACGUUUCUUUUAGAGAAGCUGCUGCCCUACCAGUCUCGUACGGUACAGCAAUUGCCGCUCUUCAUCAUCGGGCAUGUACGCAACCAGGGGACACCGUACUGGUAACUGCUGGUGCUGGAGCUGCAGGGCUGGCUGCUCUAGAUAUCGCUUCUAAUGUGCUUGGAGCAAAGGUGAUCACAGCUGCGGGGAGUGAUGAGAAGUGUCAGCUGACCCUGCAGAGGGGAGCAGUGGCAAGCAUUAAUUAUCGAACACAAAGCAUCAAGGAGGAAGUCAAGAAGCUGACUGCUAAGAAGGGAGUGAAUGUGGUUUUUGAUGCUGUUGGAGGAGACAUUUUCAUGGAUGCAGUUAGCAGUCUGUGUUGGGAAGGUAGAGUUGUAAUUGUGGGCUUUGCUGGAGGAUUGAUUCCAUCUCUUCCAACCAAUCUGUUGCUUUUGAAGAACAUUGCUGCAGUGGGAGUGUACUGGGGUGGAUACCCCGAUGAGAACUUCACUACAUUUUCAGACACAAUCUGUUCUGCCAUCCGUUACUGUCAAGAGGGAAAGAUUAAACCUUAUAUUGGAGGUGUCUAUGCAUUACAUGAGGUUAGCCAGGUAAGUCCACAGGAUGCAAGUGUCCCUUCUCAGAGUUGACCCAAGAACACUGUCUGAUGAAAUGAUUUGCUUAGAUUCAGUAAAUGAAAUUUGAAAGAAUCAAACCUUGCACUUUGUGUACAAGACAUAUGUUAUUAAUAACUCAGAACCUUAACCUUCUGCACUAAAUACGAGAUUAAUAAUACAAAAUGUCUUUCAACUAUAAGCUUAAGGCACAUCUAGCAGUGAUGCCUAACCCUCAAAGCUUCUUUCUAAUAUACAUAUACACAAAGCUUCUUUCUAAUAUGUUUUAUGGAAUAUGUAACAGUGAUUCCUAGAUGGCUGCAUUCCAAAAAGCAGGUUGAUUAGAGUUCUUCCAGUGUGAAAAAUUAAAGUGGCAUAAAAAGCCUGUAAAAGCUAGCAAUUUUGAUAAAAUUCAGUUACUGUUAUUAUUACAUGGCCCGAAUGUCAGCAAAGAAGAAUUCUGGAGAAAGUAAGAGAAAAUGUACUGGAAAAGGGAUGAAAAAAACUUUGGUGGCAAAGAUCCUUUUAGUGGUACAGUAAAAAGCAGUUCAAGUUUCAAGUGUUUGUGGAAAAUGAUUAUUCACUACAUCAGGCAGAACAGAGUCAAGUUUAUCUGUGUAACGAGGGGAUGUUGAUAGACAGUUGUAAUAUUCAAGUUGCUAAAUCCAACUGUCUUUAGAAUAUUUUUCUUGGGGGAUCAAAUGUACUUUUGGAUGCAGAACAGGCUAAGAAGGAAAUAAAAUACUUUACCUAGCAAAUAGCCAAAAAGCUGAAGGAGACCCUGCUUCUAAUUCUUCUGACAAGUUAAAAUCCCUGAGAGAGAAUUUGCUAGCAAAACCUUUUCCAUUGUGCCAGAGGAAAAUUAUUGAGUGACAAUGAUAAUUAAAAGCCGAGGAGCUGACUAGAAAAAUCAAGAAGAACUUGAACCAGAGACCAGUGUUGGAUGGUCAGUAUGAUUAGAAUAAAUACUAGCAAUAACAGUGAAAUAAGGAAAUGGAUGAAUUGUACAGUGUCAUUUCCAUAAGAUGCAGUUUAGAUAUGAAAACUGUGUUUCUGCAAAACAGUGCUAAAAUGAAGAUGCUAAAAAGACCGGAAGUUUGACCAUGUUAAAUUGCUGGGACUGUAAAGUAUAAUUCCCACUGUGUCAUUAAUGUUUAGAAGGGCAAUAAAGGGACUGAAAAUGUCAUUUUAAAUAAAACUUUUUUAUUCUUAG